ACUUGCCUCAGGCCCGCUCUCCCCAUUGGCCCGCUCGCUCGCGGAGGUACCCGGAUGAUGGGCGGCCGAAGGAGGCUGAGAGGGCCCGCCGAGAGCAGCAAACGGGACCGGGCCGUUUCGAGGAAGGGUCGCAGGCCUGAAUCCCGGCUUGCCUUGUCCACGUGCAGGACAACUCCGGGGUGGCGAGUGGACGGUCCUUGCUGGCCAUGACCCGCGCGGCCCUGUCUCCCGGUGAGCCGGCCCACCGCUGAGGAAAAAACGAAGACCGGACCGGGCUAGCGCUGCACCCUCUUCCCCAUCCAGGAGGCUGGGCUGACUCUCGUCCUUCCCGGCAGGCCCCGCAGAGCCAUCGGCAUGGUGGUAGUCACGGCGCACAACAUGUCCAGCUCCGAGGCCGAGGACGAGCCGGCCACCCCGACGGCCACCCGACCCCAGCACCCCCUGCCCCUCCUGCCCCAGCAGUUCCCGGAGGUGGUGGCGCUGAACGUGGGCGGGGUGCCCUUCGCCACGCGGCUGUCCACGCUCCGGCGCCACGAGGACACCAUGCUGUGGGCCAUGUUCAGCGGGCGCCACUACAUCCCCACCGACGCCGAGGGACGCUUCUUCAUCGACCGCGACGGGACCUACUUCGGGGAUGUGCUGAACUUCCUGCGUUCGGGGGACUUACCUCCCCGGGAGCGAGUGCGCUCGGUCUACAAGGAGGCGCAGUACUACUCCAUCGGUCCGCUGCUGGAGAGCCUGGAGGAGCUGCAGCCCCUGAAGGGCGAGAAGGUGCGCCAGGCCUUCCUGGGACUCAUGCCCUACUACAAAGACCACCUGGAGCGGAUCGUGGAGAUCGCUAAGCUGCGUGCGGUGCAGCGCAAGGCCCGCUUUGCCAAGCUGAAGGUGUGCGUCUUCAAGGAGGAGAUGCCGGUAACGCCGUACGAGUGCCCGCUGUUCAACUCGCUGCGCUUCGAGCGGGGCGGGGACGGCGGUGGGGACGGCGGUGGCGGCGGGCCCCUCUUCGAGCACCACUGCGAGGUGGACGUCUCCUUCGGCCCGUGGGAGGCCGUGGCCGACGUCUAUGACCUGCUGCACUGCAUCGUGACCGACCUCUCCGCCCGCGGCAUCGCCGUCGACCACCAGUGCAUCGGCGUCUGCGACAAGCACCUGGUCAACCACUACUACUGCAAGCGGCCCAUCUACGAGUUCAAGAUCACGUGGUGGUGAUCUACCCGGGAAACACGCCUCGCGCCCUGCUAUGCACUAACACGCGGGAGGACACGUGCGCUUCUGCGCAUGGCCUUGCACACACGUGUGGCUUAGAGACAAGGAGGUGCACGAGCAACGACGUCACGGGAGAGGAAUUUCCGGACUGUUUCGGAUUGUUUACAUCUUCACGGACGUGACGGAGCAGUGCGUUCUGGGAGCAUCACAACUUCAACAAAGGCGAUUGGAGGCCCAGGUAUUAUUAUUAUUAUUAUUAAUUUGGAAAGGGAAAGGAAUGACAACCUGUCAAUUUAUUUAUGGCUUUGUGUUCGGCGUCGUGCAAUAAACCCUCUCACUGCA